AUGAUACAUCAACAAAAACCUUAUUCACAAGUUCUCAUCCUCAUCACGUGCCUGGAUCGGAGCGGAACAACAAUGGUCCGUAUAUCCUUCCGCAAAAAAGCUUCAAAUCCAUCAAAACCAUCAAAUCUGCACAUCAAAGUCGCAUUUUCUACGAAACAAAACCCCGAAAUCCAACCACAAUAA